CCUCGGGCUUAGUGUCAAUGCAUCCCUCCCUUGAGCACAUUGAUACUUGCGUCCCCGUAACGGCGCUGAAAGCGCUUGUGUUGAGGGAUGUCAAGCUUCUCCUUCAAGCCCAAGGCACUUAUAUCAGAUUGAUCGAUGAAGUGAGCGGGCGACAGCUGGCAGAGCUGAAGGCUUUUAAGCGGAACAAUGUCCAUGGGUUCAUUGCGCUCAGUCAAACGGAAACGGGAAGCUCACAUGCCCGGUUCGUUGCUUGGGGAGGGCAGUCCGUGAGAGCCUUUAACUUGGUGGUUUCAAGUGAUGAUGAUGCUCAAAAGGAGUACGAGCCACGACUGGUGGCUACAAGUGCAGAGUACCAGGGACCGGAUUGGAUCCUUGCUGGUUGUGCCCCUGACGAUGAGGAGUCCAAGAGUGUAUAUGUAUUGACGGCCCACAAUGCUGUCCUUGGUCUGCAAAUAGUCGAUGCAGACCAGUCCAACUAUGAAAACGCCAUUCAAAUCCGGCCACUUGUCACCGGAGUCAACACCAUCCUUUAUUCGGCGGAUAUCAUCGCCCUUUCCGAAUCCCACAUCUUGAUUGCUGCUGGCACGGUCUUUGGCGAAAUCAUAGUCUGGUCCUGCUUCACUGAGGCUGGCCAAGCAACCGGCUCGAUCCAUCACUUCUUCACCGGCCAUGAAGGGUCCAUCUUCGGGGUUCGCAUAUCUCCUGUCAUUGCUUCCUUGCGCGGCGAUCAGAGCGGACGGCUGCUGGCUAGCUGUAGCGACGACAGGACCGUCCGGAUCUGGGACAUAUCUGACUGCGAGCGUACAUCGCGUGAGGAUGCGCCGGCUUAUUCCACAGAUGGCUUUGAACUCCGAAGCACCGGCUUUGGCGCAGGCCAUGACAACGAGCUCGGCUCCGAGUCUACGAUUGCGAGCGCUUUCGGACACUUGGCUCGUAUAUGGGGCGUGCAUUUCCUCCCUGUAGGUGAAGGUCCGGGCAAGAUGAAUAUCCUGUCUCGUGGCGAGGACGCGACGUGUAUACUGUGGGAUCUCACUUGGGACCCGUCCUUGCAGACGCCUCAGUUCCAACUGAGUGAAGGAAUGUCUAUCCGCAAGCACACCGGCAAACAUAUCUGGUCUCUGGAUGUGCGCAGCGCAGAUAAUGCAGCAGUCAUCUACACUGGGGGUGCUGAUGGAGCGGUCAAGAACUUCACCAUCGAGGCGGAUGAGCAGGGUGGCCUCAUCCUACCCAAUCUACACAACCGCAUCGGGAUGUCAGUUGACUCACAGAACCCAGAACCUCAUGUUGAGACAUCUAUCAAGGGAUUUGAUUUUGUCUCCCAGGAUGAGUUUGUUGCGGUGACUGCUCGUGGUGAGAUUCAAAUCGGCCAGAUCAAGUCCCAUAAUCGGGCUACCCAGCACAUCUUCAAGGAAACGAAAUUUAUUGAAGACGACCUGCGGUCCUACUCUGUCGUUGGCAGUCUGUCACAGAAAGGCGUGGCACUUUUAGGUAAUGCAAGAGGUCUGGUUUGGCUCUACAAUCAUAACACCCAGUCACUUACAAAGCUUGUCAACGCUGGACAAAGGCCUUUGGUUUUGCUCGCCCUUGAUUACAACCAGGCUUCAGAAUCGACAGCGUACUUGACAUUUGUUGCGGCCUAUGCCAAGUCCGAGAUAGCAGAUCUGUUCAUGGUUUCGAUAUCAGGAGACGCAGAACCUUCAGUGGAUAGAAUAGCACUGAAGCUUCCGUACGGCUUUGGCGUGGCAUCUGCAUCCUUGGUAUAUUACAACCAGUACCUGGCGCUGGGCUCCAUGACUGGGAAUUUUGCUCUGUACCAAGUGUCAAAGACGGAUAGUCUUGAACCUGUCAUGCCCCCUAGCAAGCUACACGGCCGCGAAGGACUGAGCUACAUUGCAUCCUUCUCAACGCUUUACGGAGGGGAAGAACAGCUGCAGCCGUAUUUCUUGACCUGUGGACGGAGUGGUGCCUACGGAGUCCACAAGCUGGUGAUCUCAGAAGGCGCCGAGCCUUCGGUUUCCAUGCGCACCCUGCAUUUGGCUUCUCUAGCCUUCAACUGUGAAGUGCAGGGAGCAUAUAUCGACAAGGUCACCCAAGACCUUAUGAUCUACGGGUUCCAACCCAUGGACUUUGUGCUCUGGAAUGAAUCGGCGCAGACCGAGGUUGCUAGACACAAGAGCAACGGGGGGCGGCGGUCGUGGGCUUUCCAGCCCAGUCACACGAACGCCUGGGCUGGGUCAUUCCUCUGGGUCCAAUCCGGCUUUAAUGCGAUGGAUAUACAGCCCGACGCCAGUCGUACCUUGCGCUCCGGGAAUCACGGGAGAGAGGUGAAGGCCAUGUGCGCAACCCAACAGUCAGACGGGCUCGGCCCCUUGUUUGCCACGGGGUCGGAAGAUACGAAUGUGCGUAUCUUUGCUCCCUGUGAACCGCAGGUGGAGAGCCGUUGGGGUGCGUUCAAAUGUUUGCGACUGUUGAGGGAGCAUCAUACGGGCCUGCAGAGUGUAGGAUGGUCCAAGGAUGGAAAGUUUCUCUUCACCAGUGGUGGGUACGAGCAGUUCUUGGUUUGGCGGACACAUUCGAUCCCUCGGUUCGGGCUUGGGACGAUCUUGGAUGCAACGUGCCCUAAGAGCGAUCCCAAUUCCGAUCUUCGGGUGACCAGCUUUGAUGUGCUGGAUGUAGAGGACGAGCAAGUCGAGGCUGCAUUCCUACUCUGUUUGACCUACUCGAAUUCCACCAUCAAGAUCUUCCAUUAUUCCUCAUCAGCCCAAGGAGGCAGGUUCACGCUGCUGGCGAAUGGCACUUACAUGAGCAACUGCCUGACGCAAGCACGCUUUAUGGUCAAGGGCUCUUCACUGAGUCUGAUCACCUCUUCCACCGAUGGCUACUUUACACUCUGGGACUUGACAACCGUCCUGGAGCCAUUCUAUACGAUGUCACCCCUGCGUCUGAAGCAACCCGUUGAGGGAGUCUCCAUCACCCCAGCGAACAUUUCCUGCGAGAACCGCUACCAGAUCCACUGGAACAGCAUCAAAUGCCUGGAGCUGGCCGAUCUCUCAGACACCCUCUCCUUGAUUGUUGCCGGUGGUGAUGACAAUGCGAUGACAGUCACUCUGCUAGACACGAGCGUUGAAAAUGCAGCCGGCGCAUGCACGAUCGCGGUCCCCGAUGCCCACGCCGCCUGCAUCGCCGCCACCAAGAUCCUCACCCAGAGCCAGAACCCGAGCGAAGGGACGGCGCGGUUCGCCGUUGCUUCAUCCGGGAACGAUCACCAGGUCAAGAUUUGGUGGAUCGACAUCGACGCGAGGCAGAACGGGCCGGACCGGAUCCAGAUCAGCAAGGCCGCCGAGCGGUACAGCUCAGUGGCGGACAUUUCCUCGUUGGACACUCUCCACGAUGAGUCAGGAAGCAAGCUGAUUGUCUGCGGCGCUGGCAUGGAGAUGUUGAGUGUUCGACUAUAGUCCGCCGAGUAACGAAGCGACGUAUUGAUCCAUAGAACAUAGAAUAGCUG